CGCCUGAGGACAACUCGAGGCUCCUGCGAGGUCGAAGAACGAACGCGUUCAUCUAUCUAAUUUUGUGAAUUAUCGCUCUUCAGGGUAAAUUUAACGAUGUCAGACUCUGGCGACUUUCGUGACCAAGACGAAGAAUCUGAAACAGCGGUGAAUACAGCUAAGCGGAGAGGGAGAGGAAGGAAGAGAACUCCUUCAAAAUUUAGUUCAAAGAGUAAAAGGUCAAAGCAAACUAAUCAGGAAAGUGAGGAUGUCUUGGCUGAUGAAAAUGUUCCUGAGCAGGCAACACCUCCAUAUACUGUGACUCAACCUCCACAUAAAUUAUCUCAGUUGCUGCAGAUAGUAGCAGCAAACCCUUCUCAGCCAGCACCUCGGGAGGCUCAUUUAUUACCCCAUCCUGUGCAUACCAAUCCUCAGAAUCUACAAACAGUUCCACGACAGUUGGAGGCAGACCUGCAGCCUUCAAAUGUGGUAUCAGAACAUCUGCAAAGAGCUCUUGGUGUCCCACCUCCAGAAACUCCAGCGACAAAACCUCAGCCUCCAUAUGCAGUACCUGCAGUUACUCAGCCUCAGCUUCCAAAUACAGUACCACAGGCACAGAACACAUUCCCUGCGCAUCCACCAGUGGCACUUCAGUCCCCACCUACAGUGCCUCAGCCACUACAAUCUGGACUUCAGACCCCAAAUAUAGUACCUCAGCAUCUACAAACUGGGCUUCAGUCCUCACAAACCUUACCUCAGCAGCAUCCAAAUACUAUACCUCAGCCUUCACCUGUAGUUCAUCAACCUCCCUGUACUGUUCCACAGCAUUCACAAGUGGCACAUCCAUCUCCAGCUUAUGGACCUAUUGAAGGAGUAACACCACUUCCAACCUUUUUCCAAUUUACUCUCCCUUCCAGUUUGUAUUCUUCACCAGUGAUAAGCAGCACACCGCAAAAUCCUCGUCAACAAGCUGUUCCCUCUUCGUUGACUGCCCCUCACUCAUCCCCCAUGAGUUUGCUUAGUGCUCUCCAGGAUGACAAGCUUUCCUUGAUCCUUCCAGUGUUGGUGAGAAUGGAGCAUAAGAUAGAUCAGAUUAUGGUAAUGAUUGGAGCUAAAUCAGCUGCUGGAGUAAAUGGGCUGCAAGUUGGAAACCAGUUGAAUACGGCAUUAGUGGGAAACCAGUCAAGUGCCACAGCUUCUGAAAGCCAGCCAACUGCCACAGUGAUUGACGACCAAACACGUGCCACUUCAGUUCCAACGCAGUCAAAUUCCAGAGCACAGAAAAGCUACCAGCCAAGCCAAUCAAGUUUCCCUAGGAUUAGAAAGCAUUCAAACCCAGCUACGAGAGUUACCCAGAAUCGGGAUGCAACAUUAAAGCAACCUAACGCAAAAACAGUGAACACCACUCAGUCAAAUAAUGUAUCAGCAGCAACACCACUCAAUACUCCUUUGCGAUCCAACCUAACACACAAUACAGACACUGGAUCUGCUUCUCAUUCCACAGAUAUAGAGGCUCCAUCAAAUAAUGCCUCAGUGGAACGUCAUUUGACUAAUACUACGGUUGAAACCGAGGAAAAGGCAGAUUUAGAGAUGGAAUGCCAAGGAAGCGGUCUUAAAUUACUGCAAUCGGAACCAUCUGGUGUCUCAAAGUCACUUCGUGGGAUCUCAGCACGUCAACGAAUACAGCUUGAAAUGGCUAAAAUAACCGAGCAGACUUUACCAGAAGAUUUAGACUUUCCCAUUUCACGUGACAACCUUAUUGCCUUACAGGUGAGGUCAAAUUCCACCAUGAAUUUCGCAGUACGAUUAUUACGUGAGCUUUUUACACCAGAUGAAUUAUAUGGUAGAAAUAUUUCUGGAGUCCGAGGAAAAGACCAAGUAGACCCUACUAGGGUAGAAAUGAUUAAAGACAUCUUGUUUAAAAUUUAUCGAACUUCACCUGCCGACAAAGAACUGCUGUGGAGGUAUUGUCGUAAGGCCAUGGACUCUUUUUUACGAAAGAUGCACCGCCCAGGCCACGUGUCGGAGAAGGACAAAUAUUAAACAGAUCAACCUCAUGCGAAAAAUUCACUCAGAAAUAAUAUGGUACAAGUAUUUUAGGAUGCGUAUCAGUUUUAAAUUUGUAUGCGCAGUUUGUGUCUUUUUCUGUAAACAAUGAGCAGUUUUAAAUUGAGUGUCGAUGGUAUUCCAGGACACCCGCGCUUUAAACAACUGGUUUGAUCUCACUUUGAGUUCUGAUUGGCUCCUUGUGGUACUUGGCUUGUUCUGAUUGCCUGUUGCGGUAUUUCGCUUUUAGCAACUCGAGAGAAUAUGAUCAUGUUUCCCCCAUCCUUAAAGACCUGAGUUGACGGCUAGUGAGGCAGCAAUUAAACUAUUGCCAUGCGAUA